GGCGGCCGCACAACUUCAGACAACAACAAACCUGAGCGCGUCGGUGAGACGUGAACGGGAGAGGAGCGCUGCUCGCUGGCGCUUUGGACGCGGAGAAGGUUCAUUAAUGACGUUUAAAGCCGCGGCUCAGACUCAGCGCGAGAAGAUUCAAUUAGGAAUUUUCUCCAUUUUCACUUUGGCAACUUUUGGCCGAACGCGAUUCGGACUGUGGCAAAAAUGACGGUGACUUAAUUUCACCUCGCGCCGAGUUUCGCGUUAACAAGUGACGGCCCAUGAGACGCGCGUGAGCCGCACGGGCACACUCGGUGGUCGGGACCCGACGCCCACAGGACGCGGGGGCGCGUGGAGCCCCGCCGCUCGCCGGGAUGCUGCGUCUGCUCCACUGCCUGCUGCUGGGAUAUCUGACCUGGAAUCUGCGGAUCUCGGACGCCCGGGGGGAGUACUGCCACGGCUGGCUGGACGCGAAAGGGAAUUACCACGAGGGCUUCCAGUGCCCGGAGGACUUUGACACCACGGACGCCACCGUGUGCUGCGGCUCGUGCGCGCUGCGCUACUGCUGCGCGGCGGCGGACGCGCGUCUGGACCAGGGCGGCUGCACCAACGACCGGGAGGUGGACAACACGGAGUUCGCGCCGCAGCCUGUUUACGUGCCCUUCCUCAUGGUCGGGAGCAUCUUCGUGGCCUUCGUGGUGGUCGGCUCCCUGGUCGCCGUGUACUGCUGCACCUGCCUGCGGCCCAAGCAGCCGGCGCAGCAGCCCAUCCGCCUGUCCCUGCGCAGCUGCCAGGGCGAGACCAUCCCCAUGAUCCUCACCCCGGCGCCGCCGAGCCUCCGCGCGCCGUCGCGCCAGUCCAGCACCGCCACCACCAGCUCCAGCUCGGCCGGCGGGAGCAGCUCCGUGCGGCGCUUCUCCCUGGGGGGUCAGGGCCACGGCUGCCUGGUGUCGGCCUCCGCCCCCACCCAGACGCCCCAGACUCUGCCCUCGCCGCCCCCCUACACGUCCCCCCCUCUGCCGGGAGGCCUGCAGCAGCAGCACCCGCUGCCCCACACCCACACCCACACCCAGCUGCAGCUCCACCAGCCCCCCAUGCCCUCGCAGAGCGCCGGGUUCCUGCUGCCGCAGCAGUACUUCUUCCCCCUGCAGCCCGACGCCUUCGCGGCGACCAAGGGCUUCGCUGACUUUGGGCAGAGCUGACAGGAAGCGGCCGGAGUGACGGGGGAGAUGCUGCAUUUUUAGGCACGAGGACGGAUAAAGCUGCUGUGGAGGAGAAGGUCCUCUGCAGCUCAGCGGAGUUCAGCAGAGCUGUCACACCCUGUGCACUUUUAGGAAAAAUUGUAAACAGAACUUCGAUUGUACAUUUUUAUUUUUUUAUACAUGCUGGUUUUGGCAGUUGUGACAUUAUUAGAAAAAUAGAUAUUUAAAUCCAGGAAAGCAUCGUUUCUUGACAAUCGAAUGGAGCCCGGACGGAGGGGAGGACCUGAUACACAAGGACGUUUUAUUUAAAAAAAAAAAAAUUAAAAAAAACUUUUUUAGAUGAUGUGCAGGUUUUAUGCUCAGAACAGGGUUGUCAUAAUGAUUGUGAUUUACAGUAAAUAAAGUGUCUCACACUGAUAAACCUUAAA